UAAAAAGGGAAGCAACAUCACUCCGCUGGAAGGAAAGCAAGAAAUGUGUUACUAAAAUGUGUUUUUCUUUGAUGGUUUGCAGAUUUGUAUUGAAUGAUGAUGAAAGUUUGUCCUCUCAAGUUUCUUGUGACAAGAGGUGAUAUUCACUUUAACUAAACAAAUGGUUGACCGAAAAUUUAAGACAGUUGGGGCCACAAAAGAUUAAGGGAAUCACAGUCACGAAGUCUUUGAUGAGCAAAAAUGGGCUCGUAUCAGAGACAUCCAUCACACAACCCUGAAUAUAAACGUCUAAAACAAGUUUUGAAAAUAAUAUUUCGUGACAAAUACAACAUUCGAGCUCAAAUAUUUUAUAUACCGUAUUGUUACUCAGCUGGUAAAAAUGUUUUGAGUGUGUAUUCUUUAGCUACAUCACAAAAUUCAGACUUAGUGGAUGAUGCUGAAGUUUUGGCUACAGAGGUCACGCGUUACAUGAUUAAAGAGUCACAAAGUGACAUACAGUGUGAGGAAGUUGAUGAAAGUUUGGCUUAUAAAGUGUUUGGUGACAAGAAAUUAGAGGUAUUUACAUUGAUUAAAAUUAUUUUUGGCGAAACAAAUGAAGAGACACAAGAUAGCAGUCAACAGGAAACAUCACAUAACAUGAAUGAUGUCACAGGGUCUGUCUCAAAAUGUUUGCUGAACAAAAUGGCGGGCUACAUUCAGAAUGAUUUAAGAGUCAGAUUUAAAGAUGGUUUUACGUGUAGGGUGAUGGAUUAUCCAUUGUAUAAACCUCUAAAACACGCUUUGAUUAAACUAUUUCGUAACAAAUAUAAGAUACUAGGUGCUGAAAGAUUGAUGUAUAUUAAGUUACACCACGACUCCGACUUAGUAGAUAAUGCUGAAGGUUUGGCUACAGAAAUCACGUAUUACAUAAUUAAAGAAUUAGAAAGUGAUAUACAUUGUGAAGAAGUUGAUGAAAUUCUGGCUUCUCAAGUUUUUGGUGACGAGAAAGAAGCGAUAUUUACAGUAAUUAAACAAUUCGUUGAAAAGAAAUACAAGACAAAAGAAGACACACAAGAUGGCCAACAACAAGAAAUAUCACAUAACAUUAGUGACAUCAUUUUGUCUGCCUCAAAGUGUUUGAUGAAAAAAAUGGCGGUCUGCAUUCAGAAUUUAAAAGUCAGGGUUAAAGGUGGUUUUAUAUGUAAGGUGGUGGAUUAUCCCUUUUAUGUAGACUUACAACAAACGUUAUUUACCUACAGGUGCAACAAUCUAGAAGCCAGAUUUUUGUUCGCUAUUUUUCCUCCAUGCAAAACGAAGAACGGUAACUAUUUCGACUUAUAUAAUAGUGCUGAAAAUUUGGCUACGAAGGUCACGUGUUACAUAAUUAACACAUUAAAAAGUGAAAUAAAAUGUGAAAAAAAUGAUGAAAGUUUGACUUCUGAAGUAUUUGGUAAGGAGCAACAACAGAUAUUCACAAUAAUGAAACAGUUUGUUGACAUGAAAUACAUUAGCACCGAAGUCACAAAAGAUUAUCAAUCAGCUACGUUGUAUGAUAUUAAUGACGUCACAACCUCAGUCGCGCAGGUUUUGAUGAACAAAAUGGCCGGCUACAUUCGGAAUAAUUUAAAGAUGGAGUUUAAAGAUUGUGUUAAGUGUGAGUGGGUUCAACAUCGAGUGUAUAGAGACUUUAAAAGAGCUUUUGUGCGGGGGGAAUUCGUAAAAGUGUUUGGAGAAAUAAUGGUUGCUAAAGAAUUAUACAGCAGGCAAAUAGCAAUAUUUACGUUUUGCUUUGUCAAUGAGGAAGACAAUGUGCCAACAAACAAACCGACAUUCAGAAUAACAAAACAGUCGACAAGCUCCAUGUGUGCCUUUCUCUGUCCACCCCAUGUUUAUUUGAGGGGAGCAGACGACAGCGAUAAAUCAUUCAAAGCAUAA